AUGUUGGAAGAAUUAAUCGCCUGUUUCUUGUCAUUGUUUUCUGCCUUAACUUUGGAUGCACCACGAAUUUCUCGGGAAUUGAACAAUCACGCAUGGGAGGAUAAAAUUCUGCACAGGGAACAUCAUGUCUCGUUUGAGGAAGAAACAGAGUAUGUACAAGUAGGGUAUGAACUGCGAAAGAAGCCUACAUAUACCCGGUCAUUACUCAGGAGUCUGAAGGCGAACGUUGCCAUAACCUUAGCUGUACUGCCUUUGGUGCUUAUAGGAAUGGCUCUUAUAUAUUUCGAUUUAAGAACAGCAGAUUUAUGUUCUGAAUGGGAGGCCAAAAACUACACUCUUUCAUUUGAUGUUAGGAGGAUACGAUUAAUCGGCAUAGGAGUUGAGGAAAUGAUAUUGUAUCUCUCGUUUUCCUUGAAUUUCAUUGUUUUAUUUGGUUGGAACGAAUUCAAGCGUCAUUAUUCCUCAACUAUCUUAGUAGGUCAACUGGUUGGUUUAUUUACUACAUUAUAUUUAAGUUUUCUACUCCUAUUUGGUAUACAUGAUACUGGUCCCAUCAAAAGUUACGACGUUCCAGCACUUUUAACAUUUGCUGUUGCUAUUCUCUGGGAAUCUGCGAUUGUGGUUCGCAAAAUUCGACGAAAUCACCCAGAUGUAUUCUACUCAGUUCGCCAUAUUGUCACGGUUCUUGCAGUGCCGUUAUUGAGCUCCUUUGCAAUGGCAAUGUUUUACAGAUAUGCUGUUGUUACGUGGUUUAGUUCCCUCGAUAAUGUGUUGUAUAGAUUCAUAUUGGCCAUCUUGACACCGACCUUAGCACUGGUGCCGACCGCUAUAUGUAGGCAUAUGGCAUUAUGGCGUUCUUCAGAGAUUAUCGAACCAGGACGAAGCUUUGCGUUGGUUUAUUUCAUACGAGCGGCCUUCAUUACUUUGUAUCGUGUCAUGCAAGCAGAUUUUGGGAAUAUCUGGCUGUUUGUCGGGCUAUCUCUUCUAUCGGGAUUCUCGAGUUUGCUUAAAACAACGACUGUUGGUAUUCGUGAGAAAGUAUGGGCACGAGUUAUCGGGUUUUUGAACAGAACAUGCUGUACAAGACUUCACCAUUUGCCUGGAAACACACCACAUCACAGGCGGUUUAAAGCAGACACCGAGAUACAAAAUAUACUUUUUGAAAACAAUUCACUGAUUCUAAGCCAAUCAUAUAUCGUUUUAUAUACGAUUACAAAUUUUCAGCUCUCUGAUUGGUCCGUCGUGAAGUCAUCUUUAAUCAGAAUUGCUGUUGGAUUGAUGAUUGAAUUGGUGUUCAACUUUUUGUCUACUUUUGUUCGCAUACAUUGGCAUAAUAUUCCCAUAGCGCGAGUGUGGUCGAAGUACUGGAAACGACAUGUUUUUGCUAACGGGAUCGUUGUUGCAGCUUUAGUAUGCUAUUUUACCAAACCCUUACUCACAGUGUUUCAGGAUCGUUUUCAUCAUUCUGGUGCAGGGAAUUAUACUAUUAGAAAUUGUACUCUGCCUUAUGAAAGUUGGCGUUGA